AUGACUUCUACUAGUUUCUUGGAAGAACUGCCAGAAAUGUGUAAAGAUCUAUUUACACAAGAUGGUGUUCUUUGCAAAAUGAGCAAUGGCCGCCCCAACAGCGACCCCAACUCUGUUGGAAUGCUCUGUUUAGUCGAGAACCCCAAUGGAACGAAAUCCAUCGAAUGGCGGCCAAAUGAUCUAAUAACUGUCGACUCCGACGGACAAGACCAAGAAUGGGCAGUUGUGAACACAAUUGGUCGUCGUCAAAGAACUCUUAGCGGUAACAUGACUUCAGACUACGCAUCUGCCCGCGCUAGAAUCGUUAGAAUACCACUCGCGGAAUUAAAGUUCUUUAGAUCAUCCAGAGAUAACAAGCAGAUUCAGUUUUCAUCGAAACAAGGAGCUUGGCAGUACACCUUUCACUGUCAGCACGGAAACGCUGAAGUGUUUGUAGCGAACCUCAGGGCCCAUGUAAUAACUGUUAAGACAAGACGUAAUAGGAACACUUACAUGGUGGUCGAAACUAACCCAGAUGCCCAAGUGCUGAACAAAUCGUUUGCAGAAUUGGAUAUUUUCACGGAAAAUACAUCUGAUGUUGUAUGGAACAUGGUGUCCAAUUUUACAGAGAGACCUUACACAUCGGCUAUGGAGGCAUUUUCGAAAUUUACUGAUAUUGUGUAUUACGGCAACGAAGCUACUCCUGUAAGACGCGAUCGACCCGGUCAACCCACUGCUGAUGAUUUGGCAGAUCUUUCAUACGCUGAAGUAGAGAACCGAAUUGAGACUAGGAAGAGCGAUGAAUACGAGGUCGUUUCCCUCAAACCUACCUUACCUCCCAGACCCGAUAUACACAGGAGCUCACCAUUAUCGACAGAAAAAUGGGAUGGGUUAAGAGAUUCAGAAGGACGAAUCACAGAAGUAGAGGGUGUGAAACAGCUCAUAUUUAGAGGCGGUGUCGCGCAUACAAUCAGGUCUUCAGUAUGGAAAUAUCUACUAGACUACUAUCAUUGGGACAAAACAAACUCGCAAAUUAAAGCUCUAGUAAAGACAAAAACACAGGACUACUACUCAAUGAAACUCCAAUGGAGGUCCAUGACCGCUGGCCAGGAGUCUAGAUUCAGCGAUUACAGAGAUCGGAAAAGUUUAGUUGAGAAAGAUGUGAAUAGAACGGACAGAACGCACCCGUUUUUUGCCGGUGACAACAACAAGAAUCUGGUGACCUUGCAAGAUUUACUGAUGACCUAUGUUAUGUAUAACUUCGAUUUGGGCUACGUUCAAGGCAUGAGCGAUAUACUCGCUCCUCUGCUGAUGUUGUUCGGUAACGAGGUCGACACUUUUUGGUGCUUUGUCGGAUUCAUGGAGAAAAUUGCCACAAAUUUCGAUAUGGAUCAAGCUGGUAUGAAACAGCAGCUGGUAAAUCUGCAACAAUUGCUUAAGUUCGUAUCACCUGACUUAGCAAAACACUUGGCUGAGAAGGAUUCAGAUAAUAUGUACUUUUGCUUCCGCUGGCUCUUGGUCUGGUUCAAACGGGAAUUCUCAUACCCUGAUAUUAUGAGACUAUGGGAGGUGCUUUGGACAGGGCUGCCGUGUCCCAAUUUCCACUUGCUGAUAUGUGUUGCCAUACUUGAUAACGAAAAAGAUUUGCUAAUUAGCAAGGAUUAUGGUUUCACUGAAAUAUUAAAGCACGUCAACGAAUUAUCAAUGCGCCUAGACGUUGAUCUGAUACUGAGCAGAGCGGAGGCAAUAUACCACCAGAUAAUAGCAGCGACCCACUUGACCGAUGACAUCAGGCUCAUCCUUGGCAUCCCAACAGUCUGCGGCGACCCAGAGAAACCUGAUCCUGAAGAAAACGGGGCUCAGGCCAAGAACGGGACUGAAGCCAAGAAUGGGACUGAGGCCAAGAAUGGAACUCAGGCCAGAAACUCGACGCAGGACGAGGGUAAUGUAAAAUCGGAAGACCCAAGUAUGGAGGAAGUUAUGUAUCAAAUAGGUUUCGAUAUGAACUUCUAAGGCAUGUGUCAUUGUAGUCGAGAUUUUAUUAAUGUGUGUUUAUAUUUGAAUUUCAUAUUAGAUUUUUUUUUAUCA